GUCAAAAUAAAAAAUUUUACUCACAUUUUUGAAAUUAUAAUUCAACAAAUUAUAAAAACAAAACCCUAAAUACAGGUGAAUAUUUAAGUGUUUAUCUUGAAGAAUUCAAAAUGACGAAGUACACGAAGUUUCGCAUAGGCGCCAAGGACGACACGGAGGUAUUCGAAGGACUAACAAUGAACGAAGCGGCAAAAUUUAUAUCAAAAACUCCUGCUGGUCGUAAAAAUAUUGACGACAGUUUCUAUAUAUGCGAUUUCGGCGAUCUUGCAAAGAGGCAUGAAAGAUGGAAUGAGUUAUUUCCCAACACGUCUCCAUUUUAUGCAGUGAAAGCCGCUCCAUAUCCACCAAUGAUUAGGUGUUUGUCUGCAAUGGGUGUUGGAUUUGACUGUGCAAGUCAGGAAGAAAUUGAUUUAGUAUUAAACAAUGGAUCAACUCCGGAUUCUAUCAUUUUUGCCAACCCGACAAAAUCAGUCUCACAUAUUAUUCAUGCAAGAGAGAAAGGAGUAAAAAUGUUGGUAUUCGACAGUGAACAGGAACUUCACAAAAUCAAGGAACAUUUCCCAGAUUCAGAGUUGAUUUUACGAAUAAUGGUCGAAAAUCCAAUAGCCGAGCUUCCUCUCUUCGGCAAAUUUGGUGCAACAAUGGAAGAAUCUCGACAUCUUAUCAGCGUUGCACACUUAACCAAGAUGAAGAUAAUAGGAAUAAGUUUUCAUGUUGGUAGUGGAUGCCUUGAUGCAAAUUCCUGGACAGGCUUUCCUGGACUUUUUGGAUCCGCUUUGUCCAUUGAGAAAAUAGCGUCGACCGUGAAUGCCUCGUUAGAAAAAUAUUUUCCCUUUGAAAUAUUUGAUAACUUGAGAGUUAUAGCGGAGCCGGGAAGAUAUUAUGCCGCAACCACGUUUGUUUUGGCGACAAAAGUGAUAAAAAAACGGGAGCACACAAAAAAACCUAAUGUGGAUGUUGAAUACACUAUCAAUGAGGGAAUCUUCGGAUCUCUGCAGUUUUCGUAUGGCAGUUUACCAGGAGAGUUAACUCCUUAUGUUCCGGAGGAAAAAGCAGACAAGGAUCGCCAUUAUGCUUUGCUGUGGGGUCCAACUUGCGACAGUCGCACUUUAGCGAAGAGAAUGUUGGUGCCAAAAUUGAACUGCGGCGACUGGCUGUUUUGGAAAGAUGCCGGAGCUUAUACUUUUGCACGUUCAAGUGGUUUUAACGGAUUCAAAACAACAGCAUUUUACAACAUUGUUUCAACAGAAAAUGAGGCGAUAUUUUGGUCCCUCAUGAAUGAAAAAGCCGAAACAUUAUUAAAGAGAUAAGAAGAUUGUCAAAAGUUGCCAUUUGAUGAAAGAAAAAUAUCAAGCAGAAUUAUAUAGUUUAUGUUUAUAUUGUUUAAAUAAUUUUUAUUGUUAUGAAUUAUUAUACAAUAAAAUAGUGUACUGCAAGUGCCCGAACUUUUUUCAACUGUUGAAAACUCAAAUUCGUCUCCUUUUGAAGACAACUUAGUUCAUAACAAAUGGAGUAAUUUUGUUGUAUAGCAGGCAGUAGGCCAUUUCUUAAUUCUUCCUUUUCACUGUAUGGCACUGUAAAAUUUCAUUUUGG